AUGGAACCAAGGAACAAUGUAACUUACUUUAUCCUACUUGGCCUCACACAGAAUCCAAAGGAGCAGAAAGUGCUUUUUGUUAUGUUCUUGUUCUCCUACAUUUUGACCGUGGUGGGAAACCUGCUCAUUGUUGUGACUAUAACUGUCAGUAAAACCCUGAACUCACCAAUGUACUUUUUUCUUGCUUGUUUAUCUUUUAUAGAUUUAAUUUAUUCCUCUUCAAUUUCCCCCAGAUUAAUUUCAGACUUGCUCCUUGGGGAAAAUACCAUAUCUUUCCAAUCCUGUAUGAUCCAGCUUUUUACUGAGCACCUUUUAGGUGGGUCAGAGAUCAUCCUUCUGCUGGUGAUGGCCUAUGACCGCUAUGUGGCCAUCUGCAAGCCCCUGCAUUAUUUGGUGAUCAUGAGGCAGAGGAUGUGUGUUGUGCUGCUGCUGGUGUCCUGUUCUGGAGGUUUCCUGCACUCAGUAAUUCAACUUAGUACUGUUUAUGGGCUCCCGUUCUGUGGCCCCAAUGUCAUUGAUCACUUUAUGUGUGACAUGCACCCAUUAUUGAAGCUGGCCUGUACUAACACCUAUGUCAUUGGCAUCUUAGUUGUGGCCAAUGGUGGACUGAUAUGCAUUAUUUUUUUCCUGCUCUUACUCGUCUCCUAUGGAGUCAUUCUGCACUCUCUGAAGAACCUGAGUCAGGAAGGGAGGUGGAAAGCCCUCCAGACCUGUGGUUCCCACAUCACUGUGGUUGUCUGCUUCUUUGUUCCCUGUAUUUUCAUGUAUGCAAGACCUGCUAAGACAUUCCCCAUUGACAAAUCAUUGAGUGUGUUUUAUGCAAUUAUAACUCCCAUGUUGAACCCAUUAAUCUACAGUCUAAGAAAUUCUGAGUUGACUAACGCAAUGAAGAGGCUCUUUAGAAAAAAUUAUCAUAUCAAUUGGUAA